AUGUUAGCCUCGAAUUUGAAGAGCUGGCGCUUUCUGCGCUUCGUCGCUGUCGUCACUCCUUUGUGUCUCCUUUUCUUCUAUAUCCUGCACGUGAACUGGGAACCCCUUCAUCGAUCCCUCUCAAUCCAGUCAAACCAAGCUCAAAAAACACCUUCGAAACCACCUUCUUCCCAAACUGACACCACCCCUGCAUCAGCACCCUCAUCCUCCAGACCCAUCUCGGGCCACAGCAAUGACCCGUACCGAACCGCCAUCCUAGGCAUUCCCGACAAAGUAUGGCAGUCCGCCAAAACAAACCAAUUGGAACAAAACCAACGAGAAUGGGUGUACACCUGGACCGAGAAAAACCCAUAUCAUCGACAAGAAUUGCUAACCGACCAAUCCGCCGAGACCUUUGUACGGGCCAAAUUCGCCAAGACGAGGCCGGACAUCGUCGAGUUGUACGAAUCCAUCCCGAUCCCGAUCCUCCGCGCCGAUUUGCUGCGAUAUCUGAUGGUUCUGGCUGAAGGUGGAAUAUGGAGUGAUCUAGACGCGACAUGCGAGACAAAGGUUUCGGAAUGGGUGCCCGAGGAGUAUCGGGACCAGGAGAUUGAUAUGAUCGUCGGACUGGAGUUUGACAUGCAGUGGUUCGGCGAGGGGUCACAGGUUGCGUCGCAGUUUUGUAACUGGGUAUUUGCCGGAAAGCCGUCGUCGCGACACCUGCAAUCAGUGGUUGAUGCAGUCGCCAGAACGCUACGCGGAAUCGCCGCGGACAAUCAUGUGCCUAUGCAACAAUUAACACUGGAAAUGCUCUCGGAUGUGGUUGACGUGACGGGCCCUAAGAUCAUGACCAUCUGGGUGCUGAACAGCCUCAGCGAGGCGCUGAAUCGGACUGUGGAUGACAGGGAUUUCCACGCUAUCAAGCAGCCCAAGUUGAUUGGCGACCUUCUCAUUAUGCCUGGAAACUCGUUUGCCGCUUUGCAGAAUGGGAACCCGACUGAUCAGAGCCCUGCUCUAGUGUCGCAUCACUAUUGGGGCUCGUGGAAGGAUGCCGAUGCCGAAGCCAAGGAGCACAAGAAGAAGUUGAAGGAGGAGAAGGAAGCCGAGGAGAAGAAAAAGGAAGAAGAGAAGAAGAAAGACGAAGAAGAAAGGAAAAAAGCAGAAGAGGCAAAGAAACAGGCAGAAGAGGCGCAGGAGCAAUCACAGGGAGCAUAA